GUAGUCGUAGUAGUAGUAGUAAGAUAUAUUGAUUGAUAGAAAAAAAUGACAUGAUAUGAUAUCUGUCUUAAAACCAUGACAAACUUCAAAAUAAAUGGGAAGGCCCAGAUCUACUUUGGUGUUUAAACUGGUAUCCACGUUGCACGUUGCGCCUAUUGUAACUACAAGUGUGCCUCAUCACUUUUUGAUGAUUGUGUGCACUGGCACAAAAGUUAAUUUUGGUGUUCAUUGCCAUGAUGAAUACAAUUCAACCAGCAAGACGAUUAUGCCUUCAAAACAACCAAUCGUCAAAACUUUUUAGCCUCAAAGGACCAUAACUGUUUUUGUCAAAUGAGCAGGGUUGUGGUGAUAUAACCUUAUAUAGGCCUAUGACAGAUGCAGCCCUGUUGUCCUUCUGUUCUCAGCUAAAAUAAAUCAGAAACGCUUUGGUUGCGCAGGACACGCUGACGCGUGCGCUCUGGAUAUCAUGAGAGCACUGGACAAACGAGAGCGUAAUUAGUUAAUUAGAAAACUGUCAAGUGAUCUAACUCCCGCGGGACAACCGAAUUAGCCAAUCAGAGCCCAGAUGAACCUUGGGGUGGGAUUCCAAGGACAAGACCGGAGGUGUGGACAACUGCGUAAGUGAGACAAGUUACACUGCGUGUCAGGUGAAACCGAAGAUUAUCCCACAACUGCAGAACCACCCGCAGAUAAGAGCAACAUAGCUGUCGACUAAGAAGCAAGGCGUUGAGUCAAGUUUUGGACAUUGUUAUUUUUCCUUGGUCGUUUAUAUUCAAAUGCAACCGGUUAACAUGCGUAGUACUUAAUGCCAUUUGGAUAGUUUACCGUGUUCAUGUAGUUGCUCUUAUAUUAAUUGUAAACAUGGCAUCAAAACUCAAAAUAUAUUGAACAUAACUUCUCAAAUCAGGAUAUAAUGAGGUUAGAACCAACCGGUCUUUUUCAGAAACCAUGCAUAUCUGCAGUUCAUAACUCAAAUCAUACAAGACGAGAUUCUUUAAUGCCGCUGAAGAAUGAUCAGUGAAAAACGUUAUUUUGCUCGGCUACUCUAAACAGCUGCAUCUUGCAACUGCAACGGAAGUUAAGAACUGCAAAGUCUCAUUCGCGCAAGAUUUGCCAGACUAUAUCUCCAGCCAAGCGCGCAGAUGGAAAGAUCCAAGAACUUUCGGAUUGAUGCCUUGCUGGCAGACGAAACUCACCGGUCCAAUCGGGAUCUCUCUCCAGGACUGAGUAACGACAGCCCAGCAGGGAGCCCCGUGUCCUGCCGGCGCGCAGACACACCAUCUCCCAGGGGAACACCCGGUUUAAUUCAGCUUCAAACCGGGAUCAUUCCCAAGCCGGGUUUACUGAAUCUCUCGCAUACAGGACUCACUUCACUGACCCACGGGGCAAUACCUGGCAUGUACCCCACUCCCAUGUACCCCAUAUCAGCUCUGGGAGGACAGCAUCCUGCCUUUGCAUACUCUGGCUUCACGCAACUAGCCCCGCCAUACCCAGAGCACCUAAAAGCAGCAACGAUGGCGGGUUCUUUCCCACUGGAGCACUGGAUACGGGCGGGGAUCAUGGUGCCGCGCCUUCCUGAGUUUGCCACGUCCCCACAGUCGGGCCUGAUGGGUAAAUGCCGUCGGCCGCGGACAGCCUUCACGAGUCAGCAGCUCCUGGAGCUGGAGAACCAGUUCAAACUCAACAAGUACCUGUCCAGGCCCAAACGCUUCGAGGUGGCCACCUCUCUCAUGCUCACAGAGACACAGGUAAAGAUCUGGUUCCAGAACCGGCGGAUGAAAUGGAAGCGCAGCCGCAAGGCCAAAGAGCAAGCGGCCCAAUUGGAGGUAGAGCGCCAGCGCGGAGGCGGGACCAAGACGGCCAAUGAGAAGGGAGGCGGGGAGGGCAGGAGGGGGAGAAUUGUGGACCACAACGACUUGGGUGAGGAAGAAGGGGAGGAAGAAGAUGAAGACGAUGAAGAUGAGGACGAAGAACGCCAUCACCAUGGCUACACGGUUGACAUGGCAACCAUGGCACAACCUGCGGACUUCCUGCAAAAUGGCGUAGAGGUCAGCUACCACUCGCACAGCCCGUUCUCUGAUGAUGACAUGGACGGGGUGGAAGUGCCAGACCGAAAGAUCGGAGCUGGGUUGUGAUUGGACACGGAAGACUGUCAGUGUUAUUUGAGCCAAUGGGAGAGGUUCACCAGUUGACUGAAGUGGCCUGCUUGAUGUUUGAUGGAUGGAGCCAGGAGGCUUUCUGAUCGCUGCUUAGGAAUAAACAAUUGGUCAUAGUUCAUGACCACCUCUCACCAGACCAAAUAUGAGACUGCCUACACAUACACAGACACACACAAACAGUAAAAAGCUUAAAAUAGUGACAAGAGUGUCAUGAUGACUUGUGGUGCACAGUGUAGGCCUAUUUGUUUUCAAAUCGGUGUCAGCACCAGGACAAAUUCACAUUCUUACACAAUUUUGAAACGGUGAACAAUAAAAUGCCCCCAGACAUAACCCGAAUCAUAUACACUCACUUCAAUUUACACACCAAAAUCAAUUUCUCUCUCUCUCUCUUAGACACAAUCACAUUCUCUCUGCCUCUAUAUAUAUCGUUCUGCCUCUCUCUCACGCACAUACACACCAAACACACACACACACAAUCUUGCAUGCAAAUUGUAAAUGGACCUUAGCUUAGGGACAUCUUCAGCUUAUUUGUUUUUAUAUAUGUUCAUAAAUACGUUUUACAAAUGCCACACAUUUCUGCACAGAUCCCCAAUGUAUGUAUUUUUUAGCAUGCCAAACAAAGACAUUUUAUGUGUAUGUAAAAAAGUGAUCAGUGAAGACUGUGAAUGUCUUUUGACUUGAAUUUGUUGACAAACAUGUCUCUCUGUUGCAUUUGAGAUAUCAUGACUAGAACUACAGUUCUGCCCUUAAACACACUGAUGUAACUUAACUGUGUUUGAACUGGAAUUGAGGGGUUGUGUGCAAGAUUCCUGUGACACAAAAAUGUGCAAUGAAGGUAUGUGUUUUUUCUGUCAUUGUGGUCACUGUAACUGUAAUUUAUUUGCAUUGAAAAAUGAUUUAAAAGGGACAAAAACAGGUAUAUUUAACUGCAACUGCUCUGUGUCAAUGUACAGAAAAAAAUAAAUUAAAAAAAAAGAUAGAGGACUGUCCUCCUCUAAACACAA